ACCUUCAUCAUCACAAUAAUAAUUCAUCAACCCUAUUCAAAGUUCCAACCUUUUUCUAUUUCUUCAAUUUCCCCUUUUUGUUUCCCCCUUUCUGUGAUAAAUCUCUCGGUUUUCUCCUCUGAAUUUUCUCAUGUUUCCAUAGGGUUUCGCUCUGAAACUCUCCCUGCUUUCGUUUUCCCAGAUUCCAUUUCCAAACUCGUGCCUCUUCCUGGUUGAAUUUGAGCAUUGAAUUGUUGCGGCAUUUACACGAAUUUGCAACCCUGCCAACUGAGCUAGCUGACAUGCUGGGAUGAAGUGUGGUGCUUGGAAGGUGUUAUCAGAGUAGCACUCUUAAUUUGAGGUUGGAUGUUCAGUCAGAGCAUGGAUCCUGCAAGGGGUGCUAGUGGUGUUGGAGGGACUGUGUUAAUUCCCAUGCGGUUCGUGUGGCCGUACGGUGGAAGGAGUGUAUUUCUUACUGGUUCUUUCACAGGGUGGUCUGAACCUCUACCAAUGUCGCCAGUCGAAGGUUGCCCAACUGUGUUUCAAGUUAUUUAUAGCUUGCCUCCUGGUUACCAUCAGUACAAGUUUUUUGUUGAUGGAGAGUGGCGGCAUGAUGAGCAUCAACCUUGUGUACCUGGAGAUUAUGGGAUAGUCAACACUGUCUUAUUGGCUACUGAUCCUAACUACAUACCUGUUAUAACUACAGAUGCAGCGUCUGAAAAUAACAUGGAUGUGGAUAAUGAGGCUUUUCGCCGUAUGCAAAUCCGGUUGACAGAUGGUACAUUGAGUGAGGUGCUGCCAAGAAUAUCAGAUGCUGAUGUACAGAUCUCCCGUCAACGUAUUUCUGCAUUUCUAUCGAUGCACACAGCUUAUGAAUUACUUCCUGAGUCAGGCAAGGUUGUUGCCUUGGACGUUGAUUUGCCAGUGAAACAAGCAUUUCAUAUACUGCAUGAGCAGGGAAUUUACAUAGCUCCUCUCUGGGACUUCAGCAAGGGGCAAUUUGUUGGUGUUCUUAGUGCUGUGGAUUUUGUCUUAAUUUUAAGAGAGCUGGGGAAUCAUGGAUCCAAUCUGACAGAAGAGGAACUUGAAACACAUACCAUAUCAGCUUGGAAAGAAGGAAAGUCAUAUCUAAACAGACAGAACAACAGACAUGGAAUUGCAUUAUCAAGACUUUUUAUCCAUGCAGGGCCAUAUGAUAACCUGAAAGAUAUUGCCAUGAAGAUCUUGCAAAAGGAGGUUUCAACAGUUCCUAUUAUGCAUUCGUCUUCUGAAGAUGGUUCAUACCCACAGUUACUGCAUCUUGCUUCACUUUCAGGAAUACUUAAAUGCAUUUGUAGGUAUUUUAGGCACUGCUCUAGUUCAUUGCCUAUACUUCAAUUUCCAAUCUGUGCAAUACCUGUGGGAACGUGGGUACCUAAAAUCGGGGAAUCAAGUCGGCGGCCCUUAGCAAUGUUGAGACCAAGCUCUUCUCUUGCUGCAGCCCUAAAUUUAUUAGUUCAAGCCGAAGUUAGUUCAAUACCAAUAGUUGAUGAUAAUGACUCAUUACUGGAUAUAUAUUGUCGGAGUGACAUAACGGCUUUGGCAAAGGACAGAGCAUAUUCUCACAUCAAUCUUGAUGAGAUGACUGUUCAUGAGGCUUUGCAGUUGGGCCAGGACGCAUAUAGUCCGUAUGAACUCAGAAGUCAAAGAUGUCAGAUGUGCUUACGCUCUGAUUCGCUGCAAAAAGUCAUGGAACGGUUGGCAAAUCCAGGUGUGAGGCGGCUUGUUAUUGUGGAAGCUGGCAGCAAGCGUGUAGAAGGCAUUGUUUCAUUGAGUGACAUAUUCAAGUUCUUUCUUGGUUAGUUUGGAUUGAUGAAUGAAGAAGUAAAAUGGUAUGUGCAGUAAAAUAGUCAUAUAUUCUGGCCACACCAGCUAUUUAAAUGGUGAUUAAUCUCAUUUUAUUGUAAUACAAUUGGAUUGGCCUCUUUUGCCUCAUUUUAAGAUUUUAGGCUAGAGAGAGAGGCCUGUAAAUUCAGACUAUUUGAUUUUAUUCAUCUCUCCCCAUUCGUAGUAUCAUCUUCAAAUGUAUUGUGCUACUGAUAUAGAUGCCAGCAAGGUGGGGAGUACAUGAUCUGUAACCAUUCCAUGCUGUUUGUUAAGAUACAACAGAAUUUGAGAAGAAAAAAAUUACAGAUAGGAUGAAGAUUGAGAAGCUUUGUUUAUUAAUAAUCCUUGUUUAA